GUUCAGCAAUGUGGUGGAGGCGGUGGGGCAACACAAGCUAGUUGCAGCAAUUCUUGCCCAGGAACCUUUCAUAAGGAUGUGCGCUGCAGAGGUGAAGCGGUCAUGGCGGUGAUUUCAUGUUGCCUUUCUGGCGAUGCGGCAGGUUCUACAGCAACUCAGAUUGACAGUGACAGCGAGUUGGUGGGAACGGAGACAGGCGACGGGGCUGACGCUACGGAGGCCACGGCUCUUCAAGGAGAUGCUGGGGUAGGUGCUAGUGAAACUUUGCCUUGGCCUUCUGGUGCCGCCAACUUGGAGCAACCGUUGCCAGGCAUGCAAGAGUAUGAUCUGCACCAGCUAAGCGUGAGUCCGGAACACCCGGGUCGAUUUCAAGACCUGAGCGUUAGUUCCGACCCAAUAGAACAAUUUUCGGACUGCGCAGACGCAGAUCUGACACGAGGGUGUUCGGAUGGUGUCGAAGCAGGGUCUGAUCCGAUAGAAGAAUUUUCGGAUUGUGACGAUUCACGCAGAGGAGGUGAAGGUAUCGGUCUCAGCAGCCCGUCCCAGCAGAUCGCUGGCUGUAGCUGCAUUGGUUUCUAUGGCGUGUGCCUUUGUGGCGGCGCGCGAUUUAUGAUGCCGUAA